UAGCGCACUCCAGCAACGUCCCUGCGCUCAGCAGUGUCCCAGACGAAUGACGUUCAUCGCCUGUCGUCCGCGGCUGACCGCAUGUGCACUUCUCUUCGAGCCACACAGCUACUGGUUUCCUGGCCAAUGAAGAACCCUGCACGACCCGCCCUGCAGUACGGCGACUGCGCGUCAUCUUGGGAUGCCAGAGACCGCAAUCCAUUACUCAGACAAAUACUACGAUAACAAGUACGAAUACAGACAUGUGAUCCUGCCACCUGAGAUGGCCCAGUCUGUGCCCAAGACUCACCUGAUGACCGAGACUGAGUGGCGUAACCUGGGAGUGCAACAGUCCCUUGGCUGGGAGCACUACAUGGUUCACUCGCCUGAGCCCCACGUCCUUCUGUUUAGGAGGCCCACCAAAGCAAUGUAAACCACUGUCACUGCAGUGCCAUUGCUGGCGAUACAAGGCAGCUGACAACUAUAGUGACAAUAUAAACAUGCAAUGACCCACUCGAGUAUUUUUCUUUUUCUGCACCCAUUAAAAAAAGGGGUGUAUGUUACACCUCUUGUCACCUUAGUCUUCACCAGUUUCUUGCUUGUGCUGUUUGCUGGAAACUUAGACGUCUGUGUGAUGCUGUAGCUCAGCCUGACUUGGUUUCUUAGGGAAAAAAACAUUUAUUUGCUUUCUCCUGUUGUUAGCCAUCUUGGCUACUACAGGGCAAGCACGAUGUGCGCCAAACAAGACAGUUUCUUUGCAAGGCUAGUAAUCUGACAUGAAAUGUAGCAUGCAAAACACAAUAUGAUGGUAUUGUAGGCUGUGGAACAUGUGCAUGCUCAAUAGUAACACCAGUUAUACAACGGAAUAGCUAUGCAUUCAUGUGUACAUUUUCUUUACUUUGCAGUGCAUUAUUAACCCUUCUUAGCAUUCUUAACCCCACACAAUUCAACGACCAAUGUAAAUUCUGCAAUCAGCCAGGCACUCUCAGACACACCAUAUGGGAGUGUGUCAACAACCCAGACAUACAACCCCCUUUCCCUGAGCAUGGGUAGAUACUGCUGUCCAGCUCCCUACCUCAAGAUCAACUCCUGCUGUUGCUGGAUUUCCUCCUCCUUUAAGAAUCUGCAGUUGGGUGGGUUGACAGUUAAUGGGUGACAGUGAGUACAGCAUGCUAGAUGAGGCACUAGAGCAACUGUAAACACAAUGCUAACUUAUAAUGAUGCUUUCAGAGUUUAAAGUUAUCGCUGUGUUAUACUUUUAUGUGCUUGUCCCGUGCAUUGAACUCGCUGUCACUAAGGGUGCAAGGAUGCAAACAGGUAAGGCAGAGAACUGGGGGUAGCGACCUCUAGACUUGUAGCACAAUAACACAAAAAUAAGGUUAGACAGGGACAGUGGUGCUACUCUAACAACUCGUAACUGAAUUUUUAUCCAGAAGAUCGAGCAUUACAAAUAGAGGUAAGAUAUUUAACAGGGAGAGGCGGGCUAGUUGGUGGUCGAUAUUGGAAUGCAUUGUGUAACUGCGCAAACACCAAAGGACAAAAAAGGAAGAACCACGGGGUUACAUGAUGCGAGGUAAGAUUUGACAAAUUUAAACAAACACUUGUAAGUAAAGAUAAACUAAGUGCAUCUAGCAUGUGAUUAGUAAAUCUCGUCACUUCCUGAUACUAAGAUGCCAAAGCCUGGUCUGCAUGCAUCACUGCUGCUCUGAUGGAAAUAUGUCUUUGCAAUCACUUUCCUUUAUGUUAGUAUCAUGGUGCUGGAGAAUCGCACACAUCUUCAGAAAUGGCCAAUAUUCACAACACUCAAUAUUGCGAUAUACUUGAGUACUACAGGGGGCACCACAAAGAAUAGCUGUGGUUGCAUGGGCAAGCAUGGAGGGAAUGGCUACUUUGGCUGAUGUAAAACAAGCCGCUAGUCAAGGGAAUGUUGGCACAAAGACACCACACUAUCUGAAAGUCACAAACUUCUUAAUGUGUUUAAUUUCACAAUUGGUGUUUGCGUUCUCAUCAGCUCCUCCAUUACACUCUUGUACUAGGUGCUUUCUUUUGAAUAAAAAUUUUGCAGUGAGUUCCACUAUCA